AUGUCGACAAUUAUUUCAGCUCCCAGAGUAGAGCAAUUAUUAGCGCCCCUAUUGGCAUCUCUGCCUGCGGCUUCUGUAUCUCCUCAACCCCCAACGGCGCUGCUUCCUUUACUUUCGCCGAUUUUACGUCAGAGAGUCCAAAUAUUAUCUUCGACUUCGAACGAGCCAUGGCUGCCAUUACUCUGCUACGAUGAUUCGAAUAUCUCGAAAUUACAACAAGUUAUUAAAAAUGACAGGUUAGAAGCACAUCCUGUCUCUGGUGAGGUUGAGGUUGAUUGGGAGAGUGAGGUGGAAAUCCAAUAUCGGCGACUCGAUGAAGAGACCUUACAAGCUCUAGUCGUACUUAAAGAUCUUUCUUUAAGUGCACGACUUGUAUGGUGUGUUGGUGAUGAACUCGGCGGUGGUGAUGGAUGGAGAAUUGGAGAAGUGGGAGCAUACGAAUCUGAAACCCAAGAAGAAUGGGGAAAGAAAGAUAUAGCUUCUGCGGAAACCGCCUUUACAUCGGGGGCUUCAAAAAUAUCUACACAGACAAAUGGCAGUCUCUCAGUUGUGUCGAAUGCAACAAAGGAUACCGAGGCGGAGAAUGACGAUGAUGAUGAUUACUGGGCUCAGUACGACAACACGCCCGCUCGUACGCCCGCACCAAAACAUUCUCCGGCACCCCAGUCUAUGCAAACCGCCUCGAGGAGUGCAGAUGAUGAGGAUUCAUACUACGCACAAUAUGCGGAUGUACAACCUGCCAUGGAUAGCCAUGAUCCAGACGAGGCAGCACAAAACGGUACCGUCGAAACGUCCCUUGGUCAAGAUAAUCAAAUUACUUCCACGCUACAACAAAAUCUACAACAUCACACAUCAUAUCAUGAGGCAAAACCAUGGUCAGAGUCUAGUAGUGGGAUCAUCAAUGGAGGGGAUUAUGUCGAAGUUGUACAACCACGACCAGGAAGUAGAACUAGCUCAAGUGGGAGUGAGACAGUGGCAAAGCUCGAGAAGAGAGCACACGCUCGGGAACAGAGCGAGGUUGGCAUCAAACAACAUAUUUCGACAAGUGUGAAGAGUCUGUACAGAUUGGCGAAAGUAGCAGGGAUUGAGAGGGCCGAAUUUGACAGAUUGAUUAGAACAGAGUUGGAUUGCUUGAGUUUGAUGGAUGAGGACGAGGAUGAUCAGUGA